UCCCAAAUAACAAAAGAUCAAUCAGUCGCUGUGGUGAAUUUUAUCCGCGUUGUACCGCUCCCAAGCGGUUUACGAAUAAGUGUACCUUAGCAUCGAUCAUUUCCAGACAAAGUGCGAUCGCGUGUUAUCUAAGUUUUAUUUGCAUAGUGAUGAUAACUGAAUAUGGCACAAAAAACGUUCAAUGUUGAUAUCAAGCUGGUGCUACUUUUUGCGAUCGUUGCUUACGGAGCAAAACCGAAGGAAUCCCCCCAACCAAACAUCGUUAUAAUAGUGACCGAUGACCUAGGAUGGAAUGACGUCAGCUUUCACGGCUCAUCACAGAUCCCAACGCCAAACAUUGAUGCGCUCGCGUAUAAUGGAAUCAUACUUAAUCGACACUACACCCCACCGCUGUGUACCCCUUCGCGGGCAUCGCUGAUGACGGGGAUGCACCCGAUCAACAUCGGGAUGCAACAUCACGUUAUUGAGUCUGAUCAACCGUGGGGUCUGGGGCUGGAGCAGAAACUGAUGCCGGAAUACUUCCGAGCAGCUGGCUACCGUACCCGGCUGGUGGGAAAGUGGCAUCUGGGAUUCUUCCGGAAGGCCUACACUCCUACGAUGCGAGGAUUUGAUAGUCACUUUGGCUAUAUUGGACCGUACAUCGACUAUUGGGAUCACAGUUUGCAGAUGAGUAAUACAUCAACUCGUGGGCUCGACAUGCGCCGUGAUCUCGAGGUGGACUUUUCCGUGAACGGAAGCUACGCCACAGAUCUGUUCAAUAAUGAGGCGGUCAGAAUAAUCAGAGAGCAUGAUCGGAGUAGUCCGCUGUUUCUGGUACUAACACACCUGGCACCGCACACUGCAAAUGAGGAUGAUCCUAUGCAGGCUCACAAAGAGGAUGUGGAGCGGUUUGCGUACAUCAAGGACGAGAAACGUCGCGUUUUGGCAGCUAUGAUCUCGAAAGUAGACGACGGCGUCGGCGAUAUCGUGCAAGCGUUAAAACAACGCAAUAUGCUCGACAACACUAUCAUACUGUUCUAUUCCGACAACGGAGCCCCUAGUGUGGGAGUCCAUUCCAAUUCAGGAUCCAACUAUCCUUUGCGUGGCCAAAAGUACAGCCCUUGGGAAGGUGCAGUACGUACUGCAGCCACUAUCUGGAGUCCACUACUGCUGGGUAGAGAAGGUCGAGUUUCGAACCAAUGGAUUCACGUCAGUGAUUGGCUACCAACAUUGGCUCGCGCUGCAGGUAUCGAAGAUGUUCCAGUUGGUAGCCCGAUCGACGGACACGAUCAGUGGGACGUGCUUCGAAAUCCUAACUUAACUUCACGGAAUGCUGUCAUGAACAAUAUUGAUCGGAUCUACCACUAUAGUAGCUAUAUCAAGAAUGGUUGGAAAUAUGUGAAUGGAACUACGUGGAGUGGCAAAUACGACCAUUGGUUAGGCCUAAUAGAUAAUCACAACGAGCUGAGCGAAGCGAAGUACUGGGAGAAUUUGAGCAGUUCUAUGGUCGGAAAAAUAUUAUCACUGAAUGUGGAGCACGCGAAACAAUUACGCCGUGACGCAACUGUGGUAUGCCAAACUCACCCAAAUGAUACAAUAUGUGAACCUAGAAAAUCACCUUGUCUGUUCAAUUUGACGGAAGAUCCCUGCGAAAGGAAUAAUGUAGCGUCCAACUAUCCUGACAUUGUGCUAGAGCUGAAUCAAGAGGUUCAGCGGUACAUGAAGACAGCUGCAGAACCAAGAAACAAACCCGCUGAUCCUCGAUCGGAUCCCCUUCACUAUAACAUCACAUGGACUUGGUGGCAGGAUGAAAUCGAUCGUACCACUGAUGUGACGUUUUUCGUCGCUGUUUCUGUGAUAGCCAUAGCAGUAGUUGGUUUAGUUCUGGUGCUUGCAAGACCUCGUUGGUGUACGGUGAGUGAAAAGACGAGAUUUUGAAAAUACUCAAUCUAUGAAA